AUGGAUGAGCCUGGCACGAGAGAGUCACGGCUUUUGCCGUCCCUCCUGGAUCUCUCUGAGCCUCUCCCAAAACAAAACUUCGAACCUCCAGAAUUCCAGCUUCAACAUCUCUUCUCCUCUGACACCCCAUCUCAUCACAUCACAUCACACCGCAUCGCCCCAGAAACACGCCGUCCGGGGCUGCUGUUGGUUUUCUUCAUUUCAGGGUGUGCGCACAAACAAGCAUCUUAUGCAGCGCCUCCCACUCCCCCAUCCUCCAGCCUCUGCCUCGCCUUGAUCAGCAACUUAGCAAGUCUCAUCCGCGCGGAGGGGUUCGCAACGCUCGACGAGGUGUCGACCAUGCACCGCUAUGCGUUACGAUCAUUCGGUGCCAUGCUGGCCGCAGAUCUACAGAGGUACAGUGGUGAAAGCAGCAGGCAGAGAGCAUCCGAGACCCUGCUCUCCCCCCUUCCCCCUUAUACUCCACUGCCCACAGGCUCUUCCCUGCGUACGGCCCCGCGGAAAUUCCCGUCCGUUGACAUCUUACAGUAGCCCUGCGACGUCAGAUACGCGAUCAGAUCGAUUCGACGUCCCCUUGACAGCCUGCACGCGGUGUGUUGACCAUGUCUCGCGCGUUGGGAUCAGGUAAAAACCGUGAUACG